CUAACUUUAUGUCAGCUGUCAGCUGAAAAUCGAAAGUAAAAUGGUUCACAAUUGUAUGGUAAACAAAAACAUUGGCUCCAUUUAAGAUUAAUCAUUACGUAUCCUAAUUUUUAAAAGAAUGUGGUGACAUUUUAUAAGAUAAAAUGGCUAAUUUAAAAACCGGAGGCCUAAGUGGUCGAAAAAAGACCCAAGUGUCGAUGGUAAUUUGCGAAGCAGAAGAAAAGAAACAUCGAUCUGGUGUUAAUGCAUUGCAGGUUGAUCCUGCAUUAGAUCGUUUAUACUCUGCUGGAAGAGAUAGUGUUGUUCGUAUUUACGAACAUGAAAAAUAUCUGCAGAGUAUGGAACAUCACACCGAUUGGGUGAAUGACAUUGUUUUAUGCUGUGGCGGCCGAAACCUAAUAAGUGCCAGUUCUGAUACAACUGUCAAAGUGUGGAAUGCACACAAAGGUUUCUGCAUGUCGACAUUGCGUACUCACAAAGACUAUGUAAAAGCCCUGGCUUAUGCUAAAGACAGGGAACAAGUUGCAUCUGCUGGUUUUGACAAAUCAAUUUACUUGUGGGAUGUCAACACCUUAACUGCCCUAACUGCAAGUAACAACACAGUAACAACAUCAAGUCUAAUGGGGAACAAAGAAUCUAUUUAUAGUUUAGCUAUGAACCCUUCUGGUAGUGUGAUAGUCAGUGGAUCAACUGAAAAGAUUUUACGCUUAUGGGAUCCCAGAACAUGUACCAAAUUAUUCAAAUUAAAAGGACAUACUGAUAAUGUUAAGGCACUUGUGGUAUCCAGAGAUGGAAUGCAAUGUGUCUCUGGUAGUAGUGAUGGUUUAAUAAAGGUUUGGAACUUAGGAACUCAAAGGUGUACCCAAACUAUUCGAGUUCACACUGACUCUGUUUGGGCCUUAUUGGCCACAGAAAACUUUCAUUAUGUCAUCUCUGGUGGUAAAGAUGGAAAAGUCAUAAUGACAGAAAUGAAAAAUCCUCAGAACUCAAUGAUUGUGUGUGUUGAAGAGGCUCCAGUAUUAAGACUGUGCUUUACAGCAGAUCAUCAGGCUGUUUGGGUUUCCACGUCAGAAUCAAACAUUAAAUGUUGGAAGUUGCCAACUGAUAAAAAUUUUAAAGGUGAGACAAGUAUGCCCACAAUGCCAAUGUCAUUUAUUCCUGGAGGAGCUGCAAUUAAACAAGCUGUCGUUCUUAAUGAUAAAAGACAUAUAAUUACAAAAGAUACUGAUAGUAAUGUUGCCAUUUAUGAUGUCUUACGGGCUAAAAAGGUGGAAGACCUUGGAUCUGUUAACUUCCAAGAAGAAAUCAAAAAUCGAUUCAAAAUGGUCUAUGUUCCUAAUUGGUUCAAUGUAGACUUAAAAACUGGGAUGUUAACGAUUCAUUUGGGCCAAGACGAAGUCGACUGUUUUUCUGCAUGGGUUUCUGCAAGGGACGCUGGCCUAAAAGAUUGUCCAGAUCCAGAACAGAAAGUAAAUUAUGGUAAACUACUUCUUCAGGCUUUGCUGGAACAUUGGCGUGGGGUUGAGACGUCCCAAGAAAACAAAUUGUACUUCAGCAUCCCCCCACACACUCCACUUAUUUUUAGUGAAGUUGGUGGUCGAACUUUAUACAGAAUGCUUGUUGGAGACGCUGGUGGAGACACGGAAACGGCACUUUUAAACGAAACAGUUCCAAGCUGGGUAACGUCCAACUUGGAAGAUAACUGCACUGGGAAAUUUAUAAAAAUACAAUUUUACCUUCAGCCACAUUCCAGUGUUCCUUCUCACCUCCUAAAGCAAGACAGACUGAAGAAGCCGGAUCGAUUGGUUGCAAACGAUUUUAUACAAUGUAGGAAAGUGGCGGAACAUAUUUUAGACAAAUUAUUAGGAGAAGGAACUGCAGGGUCUCCAGGAAGCGGAGAUGCUGACACAGCAUCCACAACUAAUGGAAUGACUGCAGAUCAAAUUGAACUACUAUGUAAUGACCAGGUACUUGACCCUUCAAUGGAUUUACGGACAGUGCAACAUUUCAUAUGCAAAAAUAUACUGCAGUUUACUCUCAAGAAUUUCAUAGAAAAAACAUCAAUACCAAAUUCAUUCAACAGUAAAAAUUUUAGACAUUGA